GUAAAAGGCGGAAGCGAAGGUGGGCUUCGCCGGGCGACCUGAGUUAUGGAAGCAGUCCUGUGUCCCAAGCACGAGCAUUUCUGCUUUUUGAAGACCGGCGUUCGCGAUGGCUUGAAUAAAGGAAAGAGCUUCUACGUGUGCAGGGAGCACGCGUGCGACUUCGUGCGGGCCACCGACACUCCUGUUUCCCAUUGUUUAUUUCAUGAAGAUUCUGUGGUAGAGCUUCAGGGGUUGACUCUUCUACCGGGCACAAAAGAAUACAGGUUGUUCUUCCGAUGCACUAGAAGCAAAGCAAAGGGGAGACGAUGGUGUGGCAGUGUUCCCUGGCAGGAUCCUGCUUCUACAUCACAUCCUGUCACCAGUGAGGCUCACACCUCUGAGCCAUUUCCUCAUCCUUCCAGCCAGCCGAGAAACCCAUUCAAGGUACUGGACAAGAACCAAGAGCCAGCUGUUAGGCAACAGCCCAUCAAAAGGGAUGGUGAGAAAAAGGCAGCUGACAGGAAGCCCAGGGAAGAGGGAGGCCAGCUCUUGGAUCACAAGAAGGUAGACAAGCCUGAAUCUAAGUGCUCGAUGGAGAAGGGUCUCUCCUCCAGCCUCGUGGUAAAGCAGAAGCAAUCUGGAGUCCAAGAGAAAGAACAAGAGGAAAGAACAGAGCCGCAGCGUGCAGAGGAGGAGCCGGGAGGCACCGCAUCCGAACAGUGCCAGGGAGCGGAGCAGAGGGCAGCCUCCGUGUCUCCUCAGGAGAAGUCUGAUGGCAGAAGCCAAGAGGUGCAAAACAAAUCAGACCUUUGGAGACGAAAGGAGACCCAGCUUUUGCCGGGCACUGUUCACAGCCAGAGCCCAGUGAGCCAACCCCGGCAAGGGGGGCACCUCAGCAGGGCUCACCUCAGGACCUGCAAGGCUGAGGGGCCAGAGGAGGUGGAGGGCGGCCCUGCUACACAGAACUUCCAGAAGAGGCGCCCCGAGGAGCAUGUCCAGGCCCAGAUGGGGGCCCGCGAGCCUGAUCAGAAGGGACCAGCGGCACCAGGGCUUUCUCGGGGAGAGGCUGCCUCCAGCAGUGACGACAGCGAGGAGGAUGAUGAGGAGGAUGACGACAGUGAGGAGGAUGGCGCUGCCUUUGCCUCUGCUCCAGAGAGCCCUCUCCUCUUUGCCUCCCCGAUGGACAAGGAAAAGGAGGAACAUCUUCAACUCCCUGAUCAAGGUGCACAAAGGAAAGUGCCUGCAGCCUCGGGGCUUUCCAGCAAGGUAGAGCCCUCCAGCGCGGCAGCCCAGCAUGCGUACCUUGCUGCGCAGCUCAGACAAAAGAAGAGCACAUUGGCAUCUGUGAACAUCCACGCUCUUCCAGAUAAGGGUGAGAAGUUACUAAAGCAGAUCCAGGCACUGGAAGAAGCGCUUGGCACCCUGACCCUCUCCCCAGAGCAAGGAUCUAAUGAGAAGAGUAACACUCAACCAUCAAAACAGAGCGACCUCACCACUGGCCCUCCCCGAGUGGGGCAUGCCCAGCCCCUCCUGGGUAGAGAUCUGCAGCCUCUGGGCUCUCUAGGACAGAAGGCAGCGUGUGCGGGAGCUGCUGCAGGACCCUGUCAGGGCCCUGGAGGCCAGAGAAAACAAGAUCACCAUUACGCAGUGUGGAGAGUCACAAGCGAAGCCAUCGAUGAGUUGCAUCGAUCCUUGGAGUCCUGUCCAGGGGAGACAGCGGUGGCAGAAGAUCCGGCUGGCUUGAAGGUCCCUCUGCUGCUGCACCAGAAGCAGGCGUUAGCCUGGUUACUGUGGCGGGAGAGCCAGAAGCCACAGGGAGGGAUUCUGGCGGAUGACAUGGGCUUAGGGAAAACCUUGACAAUGAUCGCGCUCAUCCUGACCCAGAAGAAUCAAGAGAAAAGCAAAGACAAAGGCGAAGUGGCUUUGACGUGGAUUUCCAAAAAUGACUCCUCUGUCUAUACGUCCCAUGGAACACUAAUCGUCUGUCCUGCUUCCCUGAUCCAUCAUUGGAAAAAUGAGGUAGAGAAACGUGUGGACAGCAACAAACUCAGAGUCUAUCUCUAUCAUGGGCCAAACCGGAAUCCGCAUGCCAAAGUCCUCUCUACGUACGACGUCGUGAUUACCACCUACAGCCUCGUGGCCAAGGAGAUUCCCACAAAGAAGCAGGAGGAAGAGGCCCCAGGUGCAAACCUCAGUGUGGAGGGCUUCUCAACGCCUUUGCUGCAGAUAGUUUGGGCUCGGAUCAUCCUGGAUGAAGCGCACAGCGUGAAGAAUCCCCGAGUGCAGACGUCCAUUGCUGUGGGCAAGCUGCAGGCCCGGGCCCGCUGGGCUGUCACUGGAACCCCCAUUCAGAACAACCUGUUGGAUAUGUAUUCCCUGCUGAAAUUUCUCCGCUGUUCUCCAUUUGAUGACUUCAAUCUGUGGAAGAGUCAGGUCGACAACGGUUCAAGGAAGGGAGGAGAGCGCUUGAGCAUUUUAACCAAGAGCCUUCUGCUGAGGAGGAUGAAAGACCAGCUGGACGCCUCUGGCAAGCCCUUGGUGACGCUGCCCCAGCGUGAAUUUCAGCUUCACCGUUUAAAGCUUUCCAAAGAUGAAGAGGCUGUGUACAAUGUCUUCUUUGCAACGUCAAGAUCAGCUCUGCAGUCCUAUCUGAAUAGAUGUGAAAAUGGAAAAACCCAAACUGAAAGAAGCCCCGAUAAUCCAUUCCGUCGAGUGCAGGGGUCUGGGUCUAGCGAGCUCCGGUGCCUUGUGGCCUCAGACUUGCAGAAAGCCAGCACCAUCCACAUCCUGUCCCAGCUUCUGCGGCUCCGCCAGUGCUGCUGUCAUCUUUCUUUACUGAAGUCGGCCCUGGAGCCUGCAGAGCUCAAGAGCGAAGGCCUGGUCCUGUCCCUGGAGGAGCAGCUCAGUGCUCUGACCUUGUCCGAGCUCCACAACGCAGAGCCAUCCCCCACGAUUGCCCUUAAUGGAACGUGCUUCAGGGUGGAGCUCUUCGAGGACACACGUGGGAGCACCAAGAUUUCAUCUCUGUUGGCAGAAUUGGAGGCAAUCCAAAGAACCUCGGGGUCCCAAAAGAGUGUCAUCGUCUCUCAGUGGACCAGCAUGCUGAAAGUGGUGGCGCUGCACCUUCAGAGGCACGGACUGUCUUACGCCACCAUCGACGGCUCCGUCAGCCCCAAACAGAGGAUGGACUUGGUAGAAGCCUUUAACCACUCCAGGGGCCCACAGGUUAUGCUAAUCUCUCUCUUGGCUGGAGGUGUUGGCCUAAAUCUCACUGGAGGAAACCACCUUUUCCUUCUGGACAUGCACUGGAAUCCAUCUCUGGAAGAUCAAGCUUGUGACCGAAUUUACCGAGUAGGGCAACAGAAAGAUGUUGUCAUACACAGAUUUAUUUGUGAGGGGACAGUGGAAGAAAAGAUCUUGGAGCUUCAAGAAAGAAAGAAAGACUUAGCCCAACAGGUUCUGUCAGGAUCUGGAGACUCUUUCACCAAGCUCACCUUGGCUGACCUCAAAGUCCUUUUUGGCAUCUAAUGUCCUGCCGGUAGGUGCGGAACUGCGCUGGUGUGAGCUAGGAUCUGGGAGAAACGCCCCAGCUGUGACUGCUGGGCUCUGUUCUUCCUUCCUGUUUCACCUACCACAUACUUGCUCCUCCAAAGGAGGCAUGAUCUUAUCUCUAGAAGUGAGGACGGGUAAUUAUGUUAAACAUUUGGUUAAUCAAUUAUGGUAAUCAGCUUGCUUUGAGCAACACAGAAACCAGUGAGUUGUUUCAGUUAGAUGCAGUCAGACAGCUCUGGCAAAACCACACAUCAGCUUCAGCAAAGCUCAGAAAGCCCUGCGCUGCCUUUCUUGGCUUAGCUGGUCUGAGAACCCCUGUUACCGUCCCCUCUGACAUAGGCUCCUGUCCUCCCUGCCUCUUCGUGGUCCUGUAAGCACCCGGGGCUGAGCAGCGCAGCUUGCAGGCCAGCCGGUCCUCUGCAGCUGUCUCCCAGGCAGUUUUCCUUUCCGUCUUAAGGUCAAGGAGAUGCUGUGUGUGUAAACAGAUGCUGAGCACCGUAUCAUUACUUCCUUUACUAUCAGUGUGUCAUUUAGGGUUUGCAUCUCUGUGUCAUUUAGUAGUGUAUCAGCAGCAUAUCACGUAGUACAUCAGUGUGAAUAUCAUGUAAUCACUGUAUCAUUUAAUAUCUGUACCAUGUAUCACAGUAUUUCCAUCAUAUCAGUAUUUGGUACCAUGUUACUGUUUUACUAUAUUUUAGUUAUUGGUAGGAUUUAGUAUUAUGUCAUUUAGAAUUUGUUGAAUCAUUUGGUAUUUGUAUAGUUAAUAA